AUGUCGUAUCCGAAAUCGCCAGAGAUCACCUAUACUUCGAUGCACAACAACUACAAACCAUGGCAACCAGGAGCUUUUCGACGAAUUCCAUGGUCUGGUCUGGGAUGCCUCGUUGGAGCUGUGCUGGGAAUGAUAGCCGCCAUCGCCAUUCUUCGUGCGAGCGAUAAGGCUCCGAUUACAAGUUGGAGAUAUCCUCCUACUGUGUACCUUUCGAUUGCCUACACGAUUAGCAACAUACUGCUCGCGGGCGCUUUCGGCCAAGGAGUGACGGUACGUCAGCUUCGAGACCAAGUUACAGCGAAACCGUGUACUGAUGUAACAAGAUCAAUUGGUGGAGAAAGGCCCUCCAAGACAACACGCAGUUGGGCGAUCUACAUCGAUACUGGUACAUCUCUCGCCUCAGACAUCCCAUGUACUUUUCAGAGACUUACAUGACGCCAGGGACUUCGGCCAAAGCGCGUUUUCAGCCUUACUCGCGGGUCGCAAGUUCAACUUCAUCGCCUUCGCCGCUUUGUUCAUCGCGAUUACCCCAGUGAACGGACCACUUCUCCAGCGAUCUUCUUCAGUAGAAGUAGCAAGCGCAUACUCAUCGGUGAGACUGACCGUACCAGCCGCCAGAUCGAUACAGUACGCAACCGCGCGUGUUUCUGGAAGAGCAUAUCAGGUGGCAUACUUCAGUCAGGCCUUCAAUCCGGUCGUACAGGUAUGGAACAACGCAGAGGAGUCCGUGCAGGACUGAGAAUUUAUAGCAAUACUAUACCGGUCAGUCGAUUUCUGUGAACAACAGCGGAUGCUCCGCAAACGGCAUGUGCUCCGGCAGACUCAUGGCUGCCGGCCUCGCCGUGAAUUGUUCCUCCUCGACGGCGCCCUUCGACCUCAGCGAAACAAUCCAAUUGGCGAAUGGUACACAGGAGAUCAACUAUGCUACUGUCAAUGGUACCGACGUUUUCCAAUCGCUGUUCUAUUGGUCAGCCGGGACUCCUAGCAACAUCAGCCUUUCUGUGCAGUACAAACCGACGAAAGACUACUUGAACAGCAACCUCGUCGUUAGGAACUGUACCCUCCAUCCCGCAACUGUGCAGUAUCCAGUCGUUGUGGAUGGCAAUCGUUCAACCAUCACACUGGACCCUCGAUCGACCAUCUUUGACGACGUCCAAAUCGCUAGGAUUGACUACACUAUGGAGAACUCCCCCGGCAGUGACACCUACAUGGGCGGCUAUGCAUACGCUCUGAAGACUCGAUUUAACUCCGUUAUAAAUCUCCGCUGGGCAGGCGGUAAGUGCUGAAGAGCCUUUGAGAAUUGCAUCAAUGAUGCUAAUGAAUGAUUUCACAUAGCUGUGGGCUGGGAUACCGGCUCUACCGGCCCCGUAGGAGCGCAAUUCGCCGACCAGAGCGACAUCGCAGAUUACCUAGUCGAUGGAGUCAACCUCAAGUUUUCCGACCCAACCAGUUACCUCCUACAACAAGCCCGCGAGCUGAUGUUCCGUACCGCGCUAGCCGGAGGAAACACUCCUAACAUACAAGUCAUACAAAGUGCCACAGAAGUCCAGACCGUUGGGAUAUAUCGAAGUCACUACCUCUUUCUAGGGCUGUCUCUUGCGAUUACGUUCAUUGCCAUUCUCAUCGUUCUGACCACCUACAAUGGAUACUGGUAAAGUCACAGCAUACAUGGCAUUCUGUUACCCGCGAAUUAAUGAGCUGACUCAGAACACCACAGGCAACUCGGUAGAAAGGUCACCAUGUCUCCCCUGGAGACGGCGAAAGCUUUCAAUGCGCCUCUCUUGGCACAGGAAGAUUCCAACGCGGAGGUCAAGGAUCUCGUCAAAGGUUCUGGCGGCAAAGCUGUCCGUUACGGACACGUCUUGGAUGCCGCUGGGCGUUUCGAAGCCAAUGCGCGCCUGGAGAUAGCCGAUCCCACGUCUGUUCGAUCCAUGAACGGGUCUCGAUGGUAUUGA